AUGGACCGGCCAAUGUUCGUCGGCAGCCAGCUGUGGGGCGUACGGUCGCACCUUCUCAGAGCAUGCGUUCUGCUCUCGUGCUGGACCGCAAUUACACGCGCAGCCUAUGUCGAGUUCAGCAACUGCCUACCAAGCAAUGUCAUUAAGUCCGAUCCACAGCUGCUGCAGUUCGUGCCGCUGAACGUCUCGGUAUUCUUCGACGCGAACGCAGACAAUCAGCCUAUCAACCUGACGGUCUAUGGCAAUGUGACAGGCAAAGCUACGGACGAAGUCUACCCUCCACCGUCCGAUCCAUCAUGGAACGACUCAUCGAGCCUUUUUGGCAAGAUCCCAGAUUUUGUACCGGGCUACACAGCAAGGACGACGCUAUUGGGACGGUUCAAUGUCCUCAGCUAUACACCUUACACAGUUGAGCCAGUGCGGUUCUGCAAUGCGACCACUCAAGGCGAGUGUCCAUUGGGGCCGUCGUUCUUCGCCAGCCGCUACGAUCUAAACGAAUUGUCAGCUUUCGAAGUCAACGCUCAGCUGAACUCAUCAUAUUCCUUCACAACACUCAAUGCGCAGCUUCGCAUCUUAGCUGGUGAUAUUGGCGCAAGUCCGUACGGUUGCAUACAGGCAUCGUUCACGCCAGAUCUCGGCGGUAUGCUCAAUGAUCUGCUCAGAUACCUUCCACUGGCAAUACUCAUUAUGGUCGGUGUUGCGACUGUCGCUGCGGCAAUCUGGAGUCCAUGGGGCAGUUCGGAUAUAUUCCACUGGACCAGCAAUUUUGGACGAGACGAAGAUCUACUACGACUUGUGACGCCAGGUUUUGCGGAUUGCCUGCAGUAUAUCCAAUUCGUCGUGCUCACUGGGAGCUUGACGCUCAAGUACCCUGGCUUCUAUCAGCCCAUCGUGAGCAGGGCUAGCUGGUCGGCGCUCAUGUUCAACGAGAGCCUGGUCACUGACACCUACUUUACGCCAGUUGAGGACGGUGUUUACCAAUACGGAAACAGCUCCGUCUAUGGCCUGGAUCGCAUGACGCACCUGGUUGGCAUGGGUUCUUCUCGAGAUACAUGGGCUGGAAUGAUUACCUGGCUGGUCAUCCUCGUCGUCGCCACCGCAGUGCUCACCCAGAUCGGCUUCGCAGCUCGCUGGGCGUACCGUCAGAUUGCCAAAAUCGACACCGAAGAUCUUCGCUCUAAGAAUGGCCCGUUCACCGCCGGCAACUGCAUUCGACUCUGCCUCAAUUACUUCAUCCUUCCGCUAACAGCAAUCUCAUUCUAUCAGCUUGUGAAGGCUAGCACCGGCCCGUCGUAUUCAGUCGCCAUUGCAGCAAUCGUCCUUGUUGUUACUAUCCUCUUUUCAGUCCGGCUUUUCUUCCUCUUUCUACGGACAAAACCCAGAGCUUUCCUCUUCGACGAUCUUAUCACAGUACUGGCGUACGGACCACUGUACAACACAUACUGCGACGAUGCGGCGAUGUUCGCGCUCAUGCCCAUUGGCGUGAACUUUCUGCGUGGCAUCGCAAUCGGCGCCGUUCAACCAUCUGGAGUCGUCCAGGUGGUGCUCCUCGCUAUCUGCGAGAUCAUCAAUAUUGUCACGCUCAAUGCGUUCCGACCAUAUCCAACGGCAACGUCGAUGAACAUCUACCACACUUCAUUCGCCGUCAUUCGCUUCAUUACGAUCCUGCUUUCGAUUGCAUUUGUACCUUCGCUCGAUGUGGAUCCAGCUGCUCGAGGAUGGAUCGGCUACGCAAUAUUGCUGAUUCAUGCAUGCGUCUUGGUCUUCGGCUUCUUCCUCAACGCGAUACAGACGCUUGUCGAAGUCAUUGCCCGCAUGGCUGGCGCUGGAGGGCACGAGGGAGAUGGAAGCGCAGCAAGAGGUGGCCUUGUCAAGGUCUUCGGCAUGCGUCAAUUGUCACGGAGGACACCUAGACACGCUGGCCAAGCGCCGACACGAGAAAGCAUGGCUUCGCACGCCGGCAUGCUAGAACGAAUGAGUACCGACCCGAAGGACCUGCACAUGGCGAGAAGUAGGACUCGAAGUGUAUCAGCAAGUUCGACUAUGCUACUGCAGCAACAAGCUAGAGAGAAUCGCGCUCGGAUGAGUCAGAACCUUGACGGCCUCAGUGGUGGAAAUACACCGGACACGUCGAGCGUCAUGUCUAAGAGGCUAACGAACCGCUUCAGCAGUCAAUCUGGCGGAGGCAUCAUAAAUUUGCAGCCGACAGUCGAGAAAAAGGAUCCAUACUACCGACCACCGAGAAGAAACACCAUGGAUGCUCUAAACUCGCCAGAUAAGCAGCACUCGAGCAUGGAUUGGUCGAGCCCUAAAGCAGGACUAAUGGCUGACGAGGAUGCUGUAGCAGAUGACGACGCAGGCGAAGGCACAUCACAUAUAGGCCGGCACGAACGGGACGAAUUCGAGGACGCGCCAGUUGAUUCGUCUGAUCCCGCUAAAGACUACGCGGUGCGUGAAGUCGACUUCUACUAUGGCGUUCGUGGACCAGCCCUAUCUAGUGGGACGCGGAAGCUCAAGACUGGGCCAGCAGAUCCGACUGGGCCCGUAUCGUCGGCUAGUGGUUGGUUCAAGAAUCUGCUUGGUGGCAAGACGAAGGAGAAGCACAAAGGUUUCGAGGUUGUGCGGAGUGCCCGCGCGCCGCCCCCGGGCCUAAUGCCCCCACAGGCUGCAGCAGCAGACCCUGAGCGAGACGGUCAUGAGCCGUACCGGGAUAGUGUACAGACGCCGCUACAGACACCCAAUGCAGUACGGACAGCUCGAAGUAUGACCGACAUGCAGCAGCAGGCGUCGCAGAAAAGGAGAGCAGUCGACGAUCCCGAUGACGAUGACUCAUCAGCGAGCUCGCUUUCCGACGAGGAAGACCUGACAUCAAGCCCAAUCACAGCUCGACCUCCCUCAUUACCACUAAUAAACGCCCCUGGCGCAAUCGAGCUACCCAGCCGAUUUGGCUCCGAGAAAUCACGCAGAUCGAGAAAGGCCCAGAAGCGGUCCAGUAAUGACCCGGACGCUCCUGCCGUGCCCGCGAUACCCCGGAAGAGCUCACGGCGACAUUCGUCGCGAGACUUGGACAGUCCACCGCUCUCCUCAAUGCCGCAGGCGACGAGACUUGCUCCCGUACAAGGCUCGCCUAAUGACAAGCGCUCGAGUCGCGCCACAGCAGCGAGUUCCUCGACUACAGCGCGUUUGCCAUUCGCCAACAGCACAAGUGCGACGAGUAGCCUCCAGCCCUCGCCAUCGAAACCCUCGAGAACAACAGCGAACGAUAAUCGUCUCUCUACAGGCGCCGACUCACUAGCAUCGGACUACACACCCGUGCCCUCACCCGAGCCUGCCAACAACCAAGAGAACAUCGCGCCAUUCCAUCAUUCCGCAACACAGCCGCAAGCAUCAUCCUCCCACGCCCGCCACUCCUCCUCGGCACUAGGCAGCCAUCACGCACCAGAUGUCGGUCGUCCGUCCAGCAUAGGCUACGUGGCUCAGCAUCCGCACAUACACCAUGCGCCGAACGCGCACGAAAGUCCAGUCGAGUUUGAAGGCAGUGUUGCUGAGGUGUUGGAGGGUCCUCAGCCUCCCUUUAUUGAGAAGUGGUAG